AUGGCGAAACGAAAGAAUAUCUCGAAAUCGCACUCAGACAUUGAACCGUCUCCCAAACGUCGAAGUAACAGGUUGAAAUGCGCCAUGGCCGACGUGAAGUUGGCGAUCCCAACAUAUCGAGCAUCGGAGACAAUCUCUGCCGUAGCUGGUAGUAGCUCUGAAGCACAAUCAACCGAUGCGCCAAAGAGCUUGCAGGACCUGCUAGAAAUGCCUGAAGACAUAGUUCGCGAGGUCCUCCGCCAUCUUGAUCCUCAAGACCUGCUUAAUCUGUUUCAUUCAGCCAGCGUUUUCCGGACGUUCCUCUUACACAAAUCCUCCGCCCCGACCUGGGCGGCUGCUCGAGCCAAUCUCCCAGGGCUUCCUCCUCUCAUUAAAGGCAUGGACGAGGCAUCGUAUGCAAGCUUCCUUUUUGAUAAACAUUGUGAAAUCUGUAAAGUCCCACACGCAAGUGGUCAGAACACCUUUUGGGACAUUCAAAUGAGGGUUUGCUCUGCGUGUCAAUUCUCAAGAUCAAUCUUCCUUCAAGAGACUUCUUUCGAGUUCCAACCCCGGCCUCCAUUCAUUGAUAAAAAUGAAUUUUUGUCACUCAUACCCACCAUGUUUUGCGGUUCUUUGGGAGGGUGGAUGCCUGAAACAGUUCAAAAAUAUCUUGCCCAGUAUGAGGAAAUGGUCACAGACGAAGAUUCCUUCAAACAAUGGAGAGCAAGGAUGAACAAAGAGCGAGAAGAACGUCGAAAAUGGUGUGAUUACCAUUACGACUGGCUCCGUAUAGAUGCAGAACGCUGUGAAAGACAGAUGGAGCAACGCAAGGAAGGAAAUCUCGAAAUCUGGCGUACUCGCUACAAAGACAUCACCGUCAGGCUUAUUGCGCUAGGCUGGAAAGAGGAGGUCAUCCCUAGUCAAUUAGCACAACAUCCUCAUGUCAAAAAGCUCCAACGGUUGACCGACGAAGAAUGGAUGGAAAUCAGUCCAACAUUGGUAGAAUACAUUGAAACACAGAUCCAAGACGCUGGAAUGGUAUAA